UGGUGGCACGCGCAGAGGUCGAGGACGUACGCUACUUAGAGAGUUAUACGAGUUAGAUUCAGUCGAGCGUGUCAAAGUUGGACAAAACAGUUUUGGUCAGCCUGUUGGAUCAGAAGCUCGACUUUUAGCAGGAUACUUGGGCAUUUUAGCACGAAAUGCGAAUAUGUUGCCUAUCAACUACGAGUCAUGGCAUAAAAUGCCCGACAGUAACAAAAACCAAGCCCUCGAUAAUAUUAAUGCGAGGUUUGCUUUAGAGGUCUCGGAUACUUAUGUAAAGAAGGCAUUGGGAAAAAGAUGGAGAGACCACAAAAGCACUUUAAAGAAAGAUUAUUAUAAGAAAAAAACAACCCUCGAAGAGAAAUUGCAAAAUGUCCCGCCGGGUAUGCUGAGGUACCAAUGGGAAGAAGCGAUUAGAUUUUGGCAAUCGAAGAAAGGCGAGGAACUGUCGUCCGGUCAAAAAUUUGGACGCCUUCAACUUUUUGAAAUUACACAUAGGAAGAAAGAUGGAUCUCCUAUGACUCCUGAAGCUGGUGAAAUUAUGGAAAAACUAAAGGAUAAAAAGGCGGAGUACGAAGCGAUUGCUUCCAGUGAGAGUUUUUUUCAUCUUGAAGACAUUGAUAACCAAAUUAUUGCUGAAGUUUUGGGUCCAGCGAGGGAAGCAGAACAGAGCAGAAAGUACGACGAACUCUAACAGCAGCUUCAGAAAAUGAUGAAGAUAUUUCAGCAAUCGCAACAUCCGCCGUCAUAGUGUAUUGUAUAAAUAUUUUUAUCAUUUUAUGUAACACCCCAAACCCGGUCUAAACGUUAUGACCGAAUCUGGAGAUGUCACAUUGUAACACCCCUUACCCGUAUUCGACCCCAGAAUAGGAUACGAAGCAUUACUAGAAGACAUAUAUUUGCAUACGUAUUAAACCGAGUUACA